ACAGCCGAGUGAAGGACCAUGUGCCUCUGACCAGGACCAAGGAUCGAUUGGGGAAUGAUGCGUCUGGCGAGGCUCGCGCAGAGUUUUCCGUUUAGCAAGAAUGCGGGGCCAAAGGGCUCGGACCAGCCGCCGGCCAAGCAUCGCGUCAGCAGCAGCAGCAACGGAAACGGAAACGGCAACGGCAACGAGAACGGGAACGGCCACAGUGGAACAGCUGCAGUAGGUGGCAUCUGCAACGUUAACGGCCUGGCAGCCAGUGGGGGCGGUGGAGGCGGUGGUGCCGCUGGAGAAGGAGCUGGAGCUGGAGGCGCAGCCGUUGGCGGCAGUAGUAGUGGGAACGGCUGUGGGAGUGGCAAGGGGCAAGGAAAGCGAAAAUCAAAGCCAAGGACCAAGUGCUUCGGUGGCACAGUGUUUCGCUGUUGCCUACCUUGUCGCGGGGGCGGCUCCGCAGCCCCCGCCACAAGUCCGCCCCAAACACCCGCACAGACACCGGACGAACCCAAAACCAACAAAAACAUUUCGGACACCACUGAUCCGCAACAGAAGUCGGGAGUGGGAGUGGACCAGGAGGAGGCCAAAAGGAAAGCCACCAAAGGUGAUCAUUCGACUACCGAGCCACACAGGGCAGGAGCAGGAGGAGUAGAAGGAGCCGCAGAGCGGCAGCAGAAAACCAGCGAGUCCGACCUCGAACCGUAUACCACCGGCGAGAAGAAGCACUCGCUGGCCGACACGAUCGGUGGCACAUCGGUGACAACGCCCAUAUCGCUGAAGACUCUGAUCAACGACGUGGACGAGGACUUGGAGCAGCAGCUGAGCGCCGCCGACAUAGCCGCCGCUUCCCUGGCCAGCGGUCUUGUGGCCCGUCGCGCCGAACCAGAGACCCUGAGUGACGCUAGUGUCUCACCCACCGCAGUAGUCCAGCAGCUGGGCUCCGUCACCAGCACAGCCCCCAGCCUGAUCCAGCCAGUGACGGUCUCCACGGCGACGACAGCAGUCGCUGCCCCAAGCAAUCUGCUCACUUCAGUGACCACCCCAUCCAGUCUGUACAGCAACACGAAUCCGAAUCCGAAUCCAAGUCAGAACCAGAACCCGAACCCGAACCCGAACCCCAAUCAGAGCCAGGGCCAGAGCCAGAGCCAGAGCCAGACACAGCGCUGCAGCUGCCAGCCACAGACCUCACCACUGCCGCACAUCAAGGAGGAGGAGGAGUCCGAGCAGGCCAACUCCAAGCAGCUGUCCCUGAGCAGCCAGUGCUCAGAGACACUACCGCCGAUACCAACCAUCGCCGGGGCGGGAUAUUGCGGCAGCUGUGAGAGUGUGCACCACUCGUCGGCCACCUCGUCGUCCACGGGACCGGCGACAGCAGCUGGAGGAUCUGGAUCGGUCAGUGCUGGCCAGGCCACCGAAUACGGCACAGCCUCAACUCCGUCGCCGCGCAUCAAGCUUAAGUUCCGCAAGCCGCACAAGUCCUGCUGGUCGCGCAUCGUCCUAGCACCCAUCGGCUCCACCGGCGGCGGCUCCUCAUCGGCCACCACCGUCAUUGGCAGCAACUCGAACGAGACCCUUGCCUCCAGCGGCGGCAGCACUGGCAACGCCACCAACACCCAAAACAGCAGCAGCGUCAGCGUUGCGGCCCAUCAUCGCCUGACCUCGACGUCGGCCUCCGCUCUAGCCUCCUCGCAUCCGAGCAACUCGCAGCUGCUGCCCACCAGCAAGAUGCAGGCCGAGCAGGGCUCCAUCGGGGAUCUCCAGAAGUACCACAGCCGCUAUCUCAAGAACCGACGACACACCCUGGCCAAUGUUCGUUUCGAUGUAGAAAAUGGCCAGGGCGCUCGAUCACCGCUUGAGGGCGGUUCACCCAGCGCUGGUUUGGUUCUACAGAAUUUACCACAACGUCGCGAAUCAUUUCUAUACCGCUCCGACUCCGACUUUGAGAUGUCACCCAAGUCCAUGUCCAGAAAUUCAAGCAUCGCUAGCGAAAGGUUUAAAGAACAGGAGGCCUCUAUACUCAUUGACCGAUCCCAUGGCGAGGAUCUCAUUGUGACGCCGUUCGCCCAAAUUUUAGCCAGCUUACGUUCAGUGCGCAACAAUUUAUUAAGUCUGACAAAUGUUCCAGCAUCAAACAAAUCCAGGCGGCCAGCUCAAUCGUCAUCCGGACGCGGCGGAAACGCCAGUGGCGUUCAAUUGGCGCAGGGGGACGAGGCCUACACACGCCUAGCCACCGAUACCAUUGAGGAGUUAGACUGGUGUUUGGAUCAGUUGGAGACCAUACAGACGCAUCGCAGUGUCUCCGACAUGGCAUCACUCAAGUUCAAACGCAUGCUUAACAAGGAGCUGUCACACUUCAGCGAGUCAAGCAAAUCGGGAAAUCAGAUUUCCGAAUAUAUAUGCUCCACAUUUUUGGACAAACAGCAAGAGUUCGAUUUACCCUCGCUGCGCGUGGACGAUAAUCCGGAGGUGGCCAGCGCCGCGGCCGCCAUCAACCAGCAGGCAUAUGGGGUUGCACGGGCCCGGUCGCCGCGCGGCCCACCCAUGUCCCAGAUCAGCGGAGUGAAGCGGCCACUGUCCCACACGAACAGCUUCACCGGCGAGAAGCUGCCCACCUUUGGCGUGGAGACGCCCAAGGAGAACGAGCUGGGCACCCUGCUCGGGGAGCUGGACACCUGGGGCAUUGAGAUAUUCAAGAUUGGCGAUUGGAGCUGCAACCGCCCGCUCACCUGUGUGGCAUACACCAUAUUUCAGAGUAGAGAAUUACUGACCAGUCUUAUGAUACCACCGAAAACUUUUCUUAACUUUAUGACUACUCUGGAGGACCACUACGUCAAAGACAAUCCGUUUCACAAUUCGCUUCAUGCCGCUGACGUGACACAGAGCACCAAUGUGCUGCUCAAUACACCGGCUCUCGAAGGCGUGUUCACACCACUCGAGGUGGGCGGGGCACUGUUUGCCGCUUGCAUACACGAUGUUGAUCAUCCAGGAUUAACCAACCAGUUUUUGGUUAACUCAAGUUCCGAGCUAGCAUUAAUGUACAAUGACGAAUCUGUUUUGGAAAAUCAUCAUUUAGCGGUUGCCUUUAAAUUAUUGCAAAAUCAAGGAUGUGAUAUAUUCUGUAAUAUGCAAAAGAAACAACGCCAAACAUUGAGGAAAAUGGUUAUUGAUAUUGUGCUAUCCACGGACAUGUCCAAGCACAUGAGUCUGCUGGCCGAUCUGAAGACAAUGGUGGAAACCAAAAAAGUGGCCGGCUCUGGAGUUUUGCUGCUGGACAACUACACCGAUCGUAUACAGGUGCUUGAGAAUCUGGUGCAUUGCGCUGAUCUAAGCAAUCCCACCAAACCGCUGCCGCUUUACAAGCGCUGGGUGGCCCUACUCAUGGAGGAGUUCUUCCUACAGGGCGACAAGGAGCGCGAGUCGGGCAUGGAUAUCAGUCCGAUGUGCGAUCGACACAAUGCCACCAUCGAGAAGUCGCAGGUGGGCUUCAUCGACUACAUUGUGCAUCCGCUCUGGGAGACCUGGGCCGAUUUAGUGCAUCCCGAUGCCCAGGACAUACUCGAUACGCUUGAAGAGAACAGAGACUACUACCAGAGCAUGAUACCGCCAUCGCCGCCACCAUCGGCGGCCGAUGAUUUGCCACAGGACGAGAAGAUACGCUUUCAAGUAACUCUGGAAGAGUCCGAUCAGGAGAACCUGGCCGAACUGGAGGAGGAGUGCGACGAUGAGAGCGAGGGCCGGGUCGAUGCCGGCUCCAGCACCACCACCGGCACCACCGCCACUGCGGCGAUGGGUGGCGGGUCGGGUGGGGGCGGCGGUGGAGGUGGCGUCGCUCCCAUAGCGGGUGACGUGCAAAAUCAAGCGCAACAAGGUGGAAUAUGACGGAGAGUCGCGGGAAUGUAUCGCAGAUUUACGGAAAAGGCUCAAAACCUUUUCCCACUACGUUAGUGACUAUUAUUAACAAACAAAAAACCUAUAAAAAAAAGAAAACCAAGAAAAAAAUCUUAUAAAAAAUACGAAAAAAAAAAAACAACAAACAACCUAACUAAAAACAAAAAAAAAACUAUUAAACAAAUGUUUAAAGCAUACAAAAAACCAAACAGCAAUAGCAAAAGUACCGUUUAACUUACAAAGCAUAGAAAAACGAAAAACAAAAAAGGAAAUUAGAAACUUACUUAAUGGAAAAACAAUGAGAUUGAUGUUGAAAACCCUGAAAAACACACACACAAACAAGCUAAAGAGAAAUACUAAAUCAAGAACCAGAAUAAGAUCAAGAUCAAAAGAAAUCUAAGCAAAUGCUGAGGAAGAUCUUAUAUAUUCUUAGCAAAACCAAAACCAAACGAAAAUCCAAGACAAAGCAAAAAGAACGAGAAGAAAAGAAGAGAAAACCAACUAACGCAAAUAAUACUAAGAUGAUACCAAAACUCCACCAGACCCGAGAACCCGAGACGCGAAUCCCCCAAGAUAUAGACGAUUUUUGUUGCAAAUGAUCAUUGUUAAGCAAAUCUGAACUACUUAAGCACUAAGCAUUAAACCCUCUGUUAAAUCUGCUGUUAAAUACGCAUUAGUCUAAUAAGUUCCCCGUCCCGCCCCCAAAAUUGUUCAAACUCUGCUCCUAUUUUAAACCAUUGACAAAACUGAACCCAGGCCAGGAAGGCACACACACAACCCCCCCUAGAACGCCUAGAUAUCCAUCCCCACCAGUACCGAGCAGAGCGGAACCGAAGAGAAUGGUACGGAAGCGGAAACGGAAACAAAAGCAGAAGUACAUUUAAGCAUAAGGGAAAGUUUUUAAGUUUUAAUGUUUUUGCAUGCCUGAAAAACGUUUAUUUUACUCGAUGAUUCUGUUGUUUGAUUACGUAAGCAGCGCAUAUUGAAAUGAUUUUAUGAUUUAGACAAAGCAAAAGAAGCAACCCACAAACUCACACAAAGCAAAACAAAACAAAAACAAAAA